AUGCGCUGCCUUGUCACCCUCGCCGUCCUCGCCGGGCUGAGUGUUGCCGAAGUCACCAACCGACUGGGCCAACUGGAUUCCGACCAACUGCCCAAAUUCCUUAGCGACGGCCCCCUGCCCCAUGGGCUUCCCUGGGGUCAGAAAAGGAACCCCAAUGAACACCCGCCCGCAACAGGCGUCACCCGGCGCUAUGAUUUCACGGUGGCCCGCGGCACUGCCAGCCCCGAUGGAUUCCAGAAGCAGGUGUUGUCCAUCAACGGGCAGACCCCUGGUCCCAGAAUCGAGGCCAACUGGGGGGACUUCAUCGAGGUGACUCUGCACAACAACAUUACGGGCCCCGAAGAGGGGACCUCGCUGCAUUGGCACGGUCUCCUGCAGCGAGAAACUCCCUGGUACGAUGGUAUCCCCAGUGUGACCCAGUGUCCCGUAGCUCCAGGGUCGUCGUUCACGUUCCGGUUUCGGGCAGACCGGCCGGGCACGACAUGGUAUCACUCUCACUAUUCGGCUCAGUAUGCAGGCGGUCUUUUUGGUCCUCUGGUUAUCUAUGGACCAAGCCAUGUUGAGUACGACGUUGAUCUGGGACCCAUCUUUGUGGGUGACUGUAUGAAGGCUCUGUCCCUGAGGACGCUGCUCGACGGGCUAACAUUGACUUGCAAGACUUCCACAAAGACUACUUCACUAUCGUCUCCGCAGGUCAGAAAUCCAUUACCCCCCCAAAAACUAACCUCUGCAGUGGUCGGAAAUGACUCCGAGCUAUGGGCGCAAUCAUCCGACAAUACCCUGAUCAACGGCCGGGGCAAUUUCGACUGCAGCCUCGUCACCGACGCGACCCCCUGUAUCAGCAACGCGGGCCUGUCCAAGUUCCGCGUCGAACAGAGCAAGACGUAUCGACUGCGGCUGAUCAACAACGGCGCCGGAGGCCUGAUCAGGUUUACCAUAGACGAACACAUCCUCACCGUGGUCAGCACCGACUUUGUGCCCAUCGUUCCGUACAAUACCACCAAUCUGACGCUGGGCAUCGGUCAGCGAGCCGACGUCCUGGUCACGGCCAAUGGCGCCAGCAAUGGGGCAUACUACAUGCGUGCCACUCAGCCACCAAUCCCCUGCGCUCGUGCCAAUCAGCCCAACGGGACAGCCAUUGUCCUCUACGACGAUGCGGCGGAAGACACCAUCCCGACCUCCAACGCCUACGAUCUCGGCCUGAAGAUGUUCGGUUCCUGCGCUGGCGAGCCCCUCAAUCUCACUGUCCCGUACUACGCGAUCACUCCCGAUCCGAAUCCCUCCACCACCCGGACCAUCGUGGCCACCGAGCCCGUCAACGCCACCGGCAGCCAGGUCUUCGAGAUGGAUGGCUCGUCCUUCCAUGCCAACUACAACGAGCCGCUGCUCCUGCGCGUCCACCAAGGUGAUUCCUCGUUCGCGCGGCCCUGGAAUAUCUACGACUUUGGUUCCAACAAGACUAUCCGUAUCAAUCUGUUCAACAAUAACACCAGUCCCCAUCCCAUGCACAUCCACGGCCACGACAUGUACGUGCUUUCCCACGGCCCAGGCGAAUGGGACGGCUCGACGGUGGUAAACCCGCAAAACCCACUCCGCCGCGAUGUCCAGAUGCUCGAUCCCUUCAGCCACCUGGUGAUUCAGAUCGACGCCAACAAUCCCGGUGUCUGGGCGUAUCACUGCCACAUUGCCUGGCAUCUGUCCAUGAAAGGAUACGCACACCCAUUGAUCUAUGAGCCGGGACACGGCUGGAGCUACGGUCCCGGUAUGGACUGGGCCGGGCGGACGAUCGAAGUGGUUGCCCAGCAAGACCUGGAAAGCUUCAUGGAUACUCACAUCUGGAAGCGUAUAGGCAUGCAUUCCACCACCUUCCGCCCCUGGACUCGCCCAGAUCUCACCGCGCAUUCUGUUGAACUGGGCUGGCGGCGUCCUGACGGCUCCAUGAUCCCAGCGACGGUGCCCCUUGCGAGUCCAGCAGCCGACUGCUGCGGAGGGCUGGGGUUAUAUAGCACGCCAAACGACCAGACCAAACUCCUUGCCAGUCUAUUGGCAAACGACGGCACCUUGCUGGCUCCGACCAGCGUGGCGGAGCUAAUGAAGACCCAGGUGGAGGAUAAUAUUUAUUUCACCACGGAAGCGAACGGCACGAACACUCAAAAUUCCUAUGUCAACGGUAAGGCCCCUCGGCCGCAUCGCCAGUUGUGGCCCAAUGGCGCAACGGGUUGUUUCGGGCUCAGCUCCGCGAUCAACAACGACGCCUUUCCUGGCCGCAGAGCAGCAGGGAGUGCCAAUUGGCAGGGAAUGCCUGGAAUCCAUGCGUGGUUGGAUCGAUCCACUGGCGUUGCGGGACUGUUCUUCUCCCAGAUUCUUCCUCCUGGGGACCCGGGAGUCACAAAGGGUUGCCGUACGUUGGAGGCGGCGAUAUACCACCAGGUCAGAUCGAGGGAUGAAUGA